UCUCUCUCGACAACUUUAAGGUGACACCAUCAACAAGCGCAAACAAUAAAUAGUGUAUCAUCGCCUCUUGCCACGACAUAUAAAGUGCCUUUGUUCUCUUCUGUCAUCUCUAGACUGAUUUUCUGCUUGUCCUCUCUUGUCCCCUGUUCAUUGCUGUUCUAAAUGUCGAGUUUUGCCUCUCUAAUGGCGCUUAGCGCCACAUACACCCAAGCCUCCCAGAAUCAAGCUCAGGCUAAGCUUGCUGAACGAAAUCGUAGAGAAGCUGAGCUCAAGAAGAGACGACUCGAGCAGGAGAAAAAGGACAGGGAAAGAGAGGCUCAGCUCAGGUUAAAACACUUUGAACAACAGAAGAAGGAGGAAGAGCAGAAGAAGAAGAAAGAAGAGGAAAGGAAAGCUAUCGAGGCUGCUGUUGAGCGACGGAAAGCUGCUGAGCGAGAGGCACUCUUGCAUGGUCCGGCAAAGAAAACCAGCUCGCACAGAGCCUCCCAAGUUCGACGCAAAGCUCCAGCGGACAAUGACGAUGACAACGACGGUCUGAAAUCAGAACCUCUCACACGAGAGGAACUUCGCGAGCGAAAACUGCAGGCGGAGCUUAGGCGCCAGUUCACCUCUGUUAAGCGAUCAACGACCACCGGAGGGUAUCAGAGACACGGCAGACAUCUUCCUGGCGGAGCUGUGGACGUCACGACGACCGGGCCUCCUGCCCCGAGCUCGAGCGGACAGUCCGUCAAGGCCCGCCUAGCGGCGAUGCCGAACACGUUGACAAAGCUCAAUACUGUCAAACGUGAUACUCGCACUAUCGACGAAAUCUUACAGGAUCGAGCCAAGGCGAAGGAACAGAAAAUACUCGAUGGUCAUGAAGCUCUUGCUUUUGACGACUGGUUUGGGACCAAGAAAAAGGAACAGACUCGUCCUAGCUCAAUAGGCCCAGCUUCUGGUGAAAACACUCCGAAAUCCACUGCCUCUGUAGCGCGUUCAACGGGCACUCCGCCGAUCAACUCGGCGAAGAAAUUGUCUGCAAAACCAACUCCUUCCUCCAGGCCAGUUCCGAAACCUUCGGCCUCUAAACCUAUUCCACGUUAUUCUGAAAAGUCAGAGAAGUACUCUUCUUCGAAAUUGGCAAGACCCAACGCUUCUUCAUCCACUUCUCGUCCUUCUACCUCUAUAUCCAAGAAACGGGCGCGUUCUUCAAGCCGAUCUGAAUCCCCGCGCCCGAAACGUCGCGCUAUAUCGUCAGAAGAACUAGACGACGUAGACAACGAAUCAUUGGAUGUCAGCGGUCUCAUUUGGGGCAUCAUGGGCAAGAAUCGCAGUCACUAUGUAAAUAUGGAUGUUUUCAGUGAUGAUGAAGACAUGGAAGCAGAUGCAAGUGCCCUCGAGCGAGAGGAGAAGCGCAGCGCCCGUAUCGCUAAAGAAGAAGAACUCGUUGCCUUGGAAGAAGAGAGGCGCCACGAAGAAGAUAAGAGACGCCGUAAGAUGCGAGUUUGAACCCUCGUAACAAACAUACACCUCUAAAUAUUUUGUUCAACGACUAAAGAUUAUAUAUAUACAGUUCAUUGUAUCGGUUACUAUAUGGAUCUCCUUCCUUUCCUUUCCACAUAUUGAUAUCAACGUUCACGCUAUGAUCAUACCUACAUCACUGCAAUCGGUUGUGCAUGCAUCUAAACAUAGUUUAUCUUUUUCGGAUUUGUCCUUUGUCUAAUCGUUCAGCUUUCGUUAUACAAUGUACUACCACAGCAUGUAUCCGUUCACAAUACACAGGAUUGUUCACAAGUCAA